CGGCUCUCUUCAACGGAGCUUCGGGAAUAUAAGAUACACAGAGCGUUCUUGUCGAGCGGUGUCCAGUCAGAAAGUUUGUAAAGAGUGCGAAUUAAUUUUUUUUUCGGUCCGUCGAAUUUUGGUUCGACAGGCAGCGUUGAUGGGUAUGGCGAGGGAGAUUAUUACAUGGUGCAUUUUCCUUCUAGCCGUACUUCCAUGCAUAAUUAGCGCCGCCAUCAGACCCCUGGAAACCCUCGACGAGGGUCCCCUUUGGAGACAGAAAAUCACGGAUACUCUACUAUCAGACGAUGAUCCAUCUAGUGAAGAUUUUCAAACAUUCCGCCGUCGUUACCCCUACGAUGAUUUAGACACUGGACCGGAGUUUCCGAUUUUCCCGCGCCCGCCGUCCGGAAAACGGGCCCUGGCGAUGUUCGCCCGUUGGGGAUCGAUCAACAGCAUCGGGAAGAACAGGCCGCCCAUCCGGAGCAACCUCCUCAACGGCGACGGCCAGCUCAGCACGAAUAACCGAAGGAUGCAAGGCCAGCCGCUCCGAUGGGGUUAGUGGAGGGUUCGAGGUGGUUUAGAUACAGCGAUCAGGACGAUUUGAGGUCUGGAGGGUUCAUAUUGACGAGCGAGGAUGUGGAGAGCGGUGGAAAAAGUUUCUCUGAUUACAUUUUUUAAUUGGUUUUUCAAAUAUCUUUAAAUGAUAAAUACAGUAAAUGAAGACAGUAAUGCUAUUAAAUAUACCGUAAAUUAGUUUUGACGGCUAAAAAUAAAAAAAAAACAAAUCAUUAUUCAAAAAACGUUUCUAUUUAAGAACUUUGACAAAAUUAAAUAUUUAAUACAUCGAUAAAAUAUGACAUUUUAUGAUGAAAA